GCGCGGGGAUCGAAUGCGCGCGCAACUCGCUUCAUUCCGCGCGCGAACGCAAAAGCGCGAGCGCCACGACACGACGAAUUUUAAAAACGAAAUAUUAUAAAUUAACGUAUUUAUUUACCAAAUGUUUGUGUAAUAAAUUGAAGUGCCGUUCAAAGUGUGUUUGUGCUUUGUUUUGUGAAUACAAAAGGAUUGUCGCUACGAUAAUCGUGCAAGAUGGCCACCAAAUCGUACAGCAAACACAAAGAAUACAAGGAGUUCUCAUCAAGCGGCACCGUCCCAUACACCGGAGAACAAUUGGAUAUGAUUAAGUCCGAGCUACUUCCGAAAGGCAGUAAGCUGAACUCGCUUGGACGCGGUGGGGCUGGUACAAGGGAGUAUCACUACGAGUACAAGGAGGAGACACUUCCUGCCGGAAAGUAUGACAGGAAGGACUAUAGGGCUGUUGAGGAGUUCACCAUCCCUCCGAAGACAGCCGAAAGCAGCACUUACUACUACCAGAAGGAGGAGCGGGAGCUCCCGGCCCCGACCUGUGGAACACGCACCUACAACUAUGAGUCCAGCCUCAGCUCUACACCUGGCUAUUCGAAGGUGAAGAGUUCGAAGACGACCAAAGACUUGACGCAAAACGUGGAAGAGCUGGACUCUCUUCUCGACGACCUGCAGAAGGAUCAAGAGCGACAGCUAUACAAGAGUGGAUACACUUCUGAUACAGCCGAAAGCACAUCAUUUGACUACAGACGAGGAACUCCAGUGAAGCCUACUCCGUCGAGCGGAUAUUCGACCCUGAAGCGUGAAGAACGGCUGGAGAGCUCCUCGUGGGGGUCGAGCCCUCCGCCCCCUGUCGCCUCAAUCCCCGCUCAUUCCUCACUACGACAAGAAGUCUAUAGAGAGGAAAAAACCGAGUCCCGUGUGAUCCCGGCUCAAGUUCCGGCCGCGGUGCCGCAGCUAGUCCCGGCCCCGACCUGCACACAUUGCCACCAGCCGCCAGCCACUGGCACGCUGUCGCGCAGCAGCACCCCCAUGAACAAGGUGACGACUACAGUCAAGACCUACACGUACGAGGUCCCGGCCGACCAGGACCCGACCACCGUGCCCAUACCGGUCGCCGCGGAGCACCACCACUCCUACGUCAGCUCCACGGACAACGUGCGAACUAGCGUCAACGCGGUACCGGCCACGUGCUCCCCAUGUCCCCCCUGCCCCCCCGCCGGCGGCUGCCAGUACUGCUCCCACUGCAACUCGCAGACACGCGAGUACAGGACGGUCACCACCACCGACGUAAGGGACCGCAGCGGUGACCGCAUGGUGUACCCCGCCCCCGCCCCCGCCGAGACGAAGCUGCUCCCGGUCGACCCCCGCCCUGGACACGGCCCAUAUGGUCCAUCGGGCUACAAAUACAGCGAGACGACGUACUCCUCGCACAACGCGACGCAGCGCUUCCCCGCCUCCCCCUCGCCGGGUCCCUUCCCCCGCGGCUCCACCCGCUCCCCCUCCCCGCUGCCCCCCUCGCCCCCGCACGAUCAGCAGACGCCCAAGAAACUGGACGAUCUACUCGCCGACUUCCCUGAAGCUCGCUUCCCAACCCAGCCGGAUGGCGUGGUCCGUCGUAAAACGGAAGUGACGCACGAGAGCUCCACCCAGUCCCGGGACGCGCCCAGCAACAAGUCGACCCUAAUCGCCGGCACCAAGAACGUGGCCGGGCCCGCCGUGUACUACCCCCCGGGACACACGCCCUUCGCCAAGAAGGACGCGCCCUUAGUGACGUCAGCCGGAUACCAGUCUAGCGCGAUGCAGGGCGGCGGCGCGUACGCUUCCGGCCGCGGCAUGUACGAGUACGAGUCCGGCUCGCGCAUGAAGGAGAAGCACUCCGAGAAGAAGACCGCCGUCCCGAUCUGUCUGCCGCUGUGCUGCGCCAUGCCUUGUGUUAUCAUGUAGAUCACCGUGUUUACGCGGAAGUGCAUUGAAAUGUAACGGUUAACGUUAACGUUUACUAGAAAAUUCCCACAAUACAAUCCCAACAAAUUAUAGAAAGAAAUGGAAUCAAAAGAAUAUUA